UUCGGUGCCGCCGUUUCAGCUCUACGACGACCUGAGCCGCUGGUCGCCGUUUCUCCAGCCUCCCGCCUCCAGACGUGGGCCGCAAGUGGUCUUUGUGAUUGAAGCAACCUCGCAGAAGGAUGACUCCCGCUCCGUGCCUCGCUCCGAAAAGGUAUUAAAGUACUCGGACCUGUGCGUGCCGUUGGCUCGCUCACCCGGGAACCCCUACAUGUUAAUGGCUGAAGCCAGCGUGGAGGACUUCAGCAAUCUCGGCAUCGCCUUCAUGGAGAACAGGCUGGAGAUGGACGAUGGGAUGGUGCCAGCAAAAAUAGUCUCCGUCCAGCUCAAGGGACCGCUUGGGAACGAACCCUCGGAGCCGAGUGAGAGAGGAAGGAACGAGCCUGCGCGCGGGAGCUGCCCCAGCAGGACCUCUGUGUCCGAGCCGGCCCCCGGGGGCGAGGGCGAGGCCGGGGGGGAGACCGGCGAGGAGCGGGGCCGAGAGUCUCACCGGCCGCAAGAGGAGGAGCGUUUUGAGUCUCACGCCCACGGGCUCCACCUCGCGAGCUGCUCUGAGUGCCUGGGGCUGGAGAGCAGCACCAUCGAGUCGGUGAGGUGCGCCUCGGCGGAGAACCCGCCGAGCGCCGGGCCGGAGCGGGGAGAGGAGGGUCCGGCCGGGGCCGGGCAACGACGGAGCGAGGGCGGGGGCCGGCGGGCACCUCCCAACGUGCUGGUGUACCUGGGGCCCGACGGCGAGGACGACGGCGGCAGAGGGAACGCGGCCAAGUUUCGCCGAGUCCAGUCGCUCCUGACCGACCUCAUCGACUCCGAACGCUACGUGAUCUACCGGCUGCUGGAGGAGCACGUGGCGACGGAGCCCUGGCCGGAGAACUCGCUGCUGCUGGUGGUGGCCUGCGAGCGGCCCCCGGCCCCCCGGGCGCACGCGCGCUUCAUGAGCUACCUGUCGCGGGGGGGCAAGGUGCUGGGGCUGUGCUCGGGCUUCACGUUCGGUGGUGCGAGGCUGAGCGCCAGGGGCCGGCCGGAGGAGCGGGUCCUGGGGCUGCGGUUCACCGGGUCUCAGGGGGGCCCCAGCCUGUCGCUCCACGCCCUGGCCAGCCGUCGCGUGUUCUCACUUGACCGGGCCACGGCGGGGGCAGAGGCGGGGGGCGACGACGACGACUCGGGAGGCGCCCAGCCGUGGGCGAGCCUGGAGAAUCCCCGCCGGGACCCCGUCGUCGUUCGCCUGCCACACGGAGACAACGGAGGGGAAGCCGUGCUCUGUCAGGUUCACCUGGAAACGGCUCCAGAUGGGGAGGAGAUCCAGGCCCAGGAGGACUUCCAGACCCUCAAGCUGAGCAAUGCACUGCGAUACCAGGUGCUGAGGGAAAUCCUUACCUUCCUGCAGCUCAGCUGUGAAUGCACUGAAACCCCCAAGCUAACGCCCGCAAACCUGCUGAUCUCCUGCAAGGACAUCAAACUUUUAUUCCUGAAAUGGCUACGGGACAGACUGGAUGUUCAACAUGUGCUGAGGUCGGAAAAGGUAUCGUUGAAAGUGACUGAAACCCAGGAGCUCGGAAUGGAGGUGACUCCCAGCCUGUUACCCGUGCUCACAGACACACAAGGCUUCCGGUCGGAGGGCUUCGAUCCUCAAGUCUACUGGGAAAACCUGGGAACACGGCUGCUGGGACGGGUGGUGCUGUUCACUGAGGUGGUCGCAACCACGAUGGAUCUGUUCGGAGGGUGGAUGCUUCAGUUACCAGAGGAAGUGGGGUUAAUUGCCAUUGCAGCUCGACAGACUCAAGGCAAAGGUCGUGGAAGAAAUGCCUGGAUUAGCCCCAAGGGCAGUGCAAUGUUUACUGCGCACGUUUGCAUUCCCUUGCACUCGGAGCUUGGCCGGUGCAUACCGUUCAUCCAGCACUUAGUACCACUGGCUGUCGUGGAAGCUGUGUUAAGCUUACCAGGAUAUGAGGACAUUGAUCUGAGGGUUAAAUGGCCCAAUGAUAUUUACUACAGUGGCCUCAUGAAGCUGGGUGGCGCUCUGGUUACCUCCACCUUGAUGGGAACAACUUUUCAUGUACUUAUUGGUUGCGGAUUCAACGUCAGCAACAGCAACCCGACAAUUUGCAUCAACGAUAUCAUUCAGCGCCACAACCGAGAGAACGGGACGGAUUUGCAGCCGUUUCGCAUAGACCAGCUGAUAGCUCGGACACUCACGCAGUUCGAAGAUUUCCUCCACACGUUUCAGACCCAAGGUCCAAAUGGAGUUUUGCCCCUCUAUUAUAAGCGCUGGCUGCACAGCGGCCAGCAGGUGCGACUAUGGAGGGAGGACGGCCCCGUGGCCCACAUCGUCGGCCUGGACAACUGUGGCUUCCUUCAGGUUCAACAGGAAGAUGACGUCAUCAUCUCUGUGCAGCCUGACGGGAACUCGUUUGACAUGCUACGUAACUUAAUAGUCACCAAGCAGCAUUAAUAGUCACCUUAA